GUAUUUUAAAAUAAUGUGUUAUAAUUUUUAUUUUAUCAAAAUAUUAUUUUACAAGGGGCAAGUUCUUGAUAAUUCUAUCUACCCUUUUUCCCUAUUCAAUAAAAGAAAAAAAAGAAAAAAAAAAGGGCAUGUGUCACUUUCUUUCUCUCUCACCUAUUUCCUCUUCCAAACAAAGCAUGCUUUCAGCCAUUACACUUUGAUUCAACGUUCGAAUAUAGUCAACAUAGGAGGCCACCAAAUUUUUAAAAAGUCUGAUUUUUCUACACAAGAAAAUCGAAAAAAAUUUAAAAAAAAACAGAGAUUUGAAAGUCCAAAACCCUAGCCUUUAUUUCCUAUAAAUACCACCUUAUGGCUCAGCCGAAAGGGGACGGGAAAAAAAAGAAAAGAAAAAGAGAAGGUUUUUUUUGGAUUCAUGAAAAGUUCUCUCACCUAACAUAUUUCUAUUAUCACUCAAAGAAACUUUAGUAUUUUCAUUACUCUUACUCUCUGUCCAACUCAAUCUUGCUCACAAAGGAGUAGAUCUGAGACCUCAAAAGCCCUUGUUCACUGCACCCACAAGAGGUAUGGAUUUGCAUUGGAGUACAAUGAAUGACGAAGAUCAAUGACAUCACAAAAACGGGGCUGAGAUUUAGACAUAGGAAAUUGUAUUCACUUCAUUUAGAUUAGGAAACACUUAAUGUUGUAUUCAUUUGACAUGUAAUAAACGUUACAUUACUUUUGUACUUUAUUGUUGGGGAAAUAGAAUUUGUUUAAAUAAUCAAAGCAACGGGAUGACAUAUUAUGGCACAUUUUAUCCUUUAAACAAUGUUAGGCCCACCUCUGGCGCAAAGAGGUCACAUGCAUAUUAGGACGUGCUAGUUGUUUUGAUAUAAUCGUUUACAUUUGUUUGAUAACUUAUUUGACUCUACUUGAUAAAUUAUUCGCUACAUGCCUUACUCGACUUUACGUGACCAUGACUUUACCUAGAUAUGUUCAUGAGAUUAACAUCGUUUAUACUGUAUGUCUAUUUUAUCUUAUUCCCGAAAAAAAGAGUUGAUUCGUGUUGACGCUCGAUGGCCGACCAUCCUUACAUCACGAGGUCAAAGACGUCAUCGUUACCUGAACGUAGUUGGGCUGUCCAAGGAAAUGAAAUUACUAUGUCUGAUCCGGCCGCAUCUGUUCCAACUGGUGUAGAAAACCUCGUGAUCGCUAGCGAUCCGCCUGAAACUUCCGAACAUGGAACUGCUAUUCAACGGGAUGAACAUAUCGCCCGCCUGACUCAAGAAAUUGAGAAUCUACGUGGAGAACUAAAUCGGGUUAGGGACUUGACCAAUUUAUCCAUCACACUUCAAAAUUCACCUUCUGAACCUAGCAAUACUGCACCAGAACCACCUCGUUUCCUAUCACUCGAAUCCCCAGUUCCUGAGCAUUUUCCUCCCCAAAACAAUGCACCUACUAACAACAACUUGCCUCCGAUCACCCCCGCAAAUCCACCAAAUCCAACAUCUGUCUAUACUCCCCCACAAAGUCAACCAACCACUUACACUAGCUAUACUCCUCCACAAAAUCAACCACCCACCUACACUACCUAUGCUACUCAUAAUCCACCACCCGUCAACCCAACCAAGCUCCAACUUACCAAAAUCGACCACAUACUAUACCUAGAGCCCGUCCAAACCCUGACACCAAAAACACUCGCAAUUACACUCAGAUCGCUGAACCCUUGGCUCAAUUGUUCGAAAGAAUGAAAGCAGCAGGCAUAAUACAACCGAUUGAAGGAAAAAUUCCCGAGCCUAUCCUAAAAUGGUUUGAUGGUUCCAAAAGCUGCGCAUACCACUCUGGAGUUGUUGGGCACGCCACUGAAGAUUGCUAUGGGCUUAAAAACAAAAUCGAAGCCCUGAUUAAGGAAGGAGUAAUUCAGCUCGCUGAAGCUAAGCCCAAUGUGGUCAACAAUCCUUUGCCUGCUCACGGAAAUACCAAGAUUUAGAGGAGUCCAGUGCGGAAAGAGUCAGAUCAACAACUUUGUCGCUCUCGUGGGAACAAUCCAAUACAACUACUCGCAACACCAAGGCACUGACAAUAUGGGGCGCCGAACCAGGAAAGACUCUGAAGAAUUGGACUUGUACUCCGUCCUCGAUCCGUCGGGAGCCUUGGUAGCAUGAACAUGUAGUGAACUUGUUUUCUUUUAUUGAUGCUUG